CAGGUCAUUCCUGGGUUCGAGGUCGACCAUCCUUCUCCUUGACACUCCACCUCAUCACCUGUCUCUACCGCAUGCCAGCACGCCUCGUCGAGCCACACGAUAAGCGUCUUGUACAAUAAUGCUCACACCUCCAUCGUAGUGAGCACACUGCCAUGGCAUACGCUUCCUUGUCCUUGACCCCCCGCACUUUGUAGACACAUGCAUUGGGAAUCAGCGUGGUGUUUUUCACGGGUGCUUGCGCAUUCUUAAGCCACUAUUUACCACCAGCACAUUGACAUGGCCGAUUAUUUCAGCGAGUAUUCUCAGUACAUGGGCGCCAAAGGGCUGCCGUCGCCGGCCGACACACCAUACGAGACCACGGGAUUCCUCCGAUCAAAGAGGUCGUCACGCGCGACGGCCGCAUCGUCGAGAGAGGCCUCGCCGUCUCCUCCACCUCCACUUCCUUCAGAUGCCAGAGAAACACAAGAGCAGGCGCGAGAUGGCCGCUACUCAAACAUGGACCCUCGGCGUUUCACGCCAACGUUGCAUGCAUCGUUGGUGUCCGAAAUCCUCAAGCUACGACGAGAGCUCGACUCGAAGAACAACCUCGUAGAGAACCUGGAAGUGAACUUGUCCUUGGCCAAAAACGAAAACGACGCUCUCAACGGACAGCUCUCAGAAAGUGCGCGCGAGGUUCGCAAGGCAAAGCAGCAGGUGCAGCAAAUUGAACAGGGCACCUAUGAGGCGGUCGAGGAUCUUGUGCGAGAACGAGAUGAGGCAAGAGCGACCCUCGAAGAGUUGCGUGCCAAAUUUGAGCUCGCUCAGAAGAAGACGCGGCAGCAAGAUGAGGACGCAGAGCGCACCCAAAACAUAUGGGAGAACGACAAAGAGGCGUGGGAUAGCGAGCGUCGUCAGCUGGAGCGGAGGAUCCAUGUUACUGAAACUCGACUUCGCGCGGUUGUGGACGAAAUGAACGCUCAGCAAAGUCAGACGCAAUCCGAUGCGGCAACCGACGACAGCACUUUCAAGGACAGUGGAUUCGGCAACGAGAGCGAUACUGGCAGCAUAUACUCUGCCACUCCAUCGGCGAGUCCGAAGAAACACAGGCGGAAUAUGAGCAGUAUCAGCUUCGUACAUCGCCACAUGCGGAGCUCAGUCGUGUCAAGGACGACCGCGGCAACUCCGGAUCUAUACUUUCGACCCGGCAAUACUCUGGCCGACGAAUUGGACAUCGAUGAGCUGGACGAGUACGACAACGAGGAUUCCGUCAAUGGCGACGAUACCCCGGAGAGCGCAGCGCAGAUGAAACAUGAGGCUGCAGCUCGGUCAAAUUCUGCAAAUGUAGAGCUAGACGCGAAAGCCAAGCGCGUCGUAGGCUUAACAACUGACUCGUUAGAGUCGCCAUCUGCAAAGAACUUCCCGAAAUUGGAAGUUGAGUCGGAAGGCCAGCGGCAGCCGACUAAGCAGUACCAGGACCGCGCAACCACGCCGCCACCAGCUGCAUUUCACACGCCAGUACCCGAUGUUCGUGCAACAUAUGUGGACGCUGGUUACCAGCCGUCGCCUCCCGUCUCGCCACCACGCGUUGAGGUUACACGACCUGGAGAUGACAUUGCGAAUGAAAAUUUAGAGGACGAGAUGCGACAGCAACCACCUCCAGCCAUCGAUGUCAAUGCUUCGCUGCAGCAACCGCAGCCGACGCUCUCACACAAGCCGAUCAGCCCACCGGAAACUCCUGUCGUUGAUGUGGGCGGGACUUGGGUACACCACAAACCAGAGCUUACUGUUGUACUGGAGUAUAGCACAGCAUCGACGCAGACUGACCCCGUGGAACAAGAACCUCCGAGAAGUGGUCACAACCCGAAGCGCGAUUCUCUUUCUCCGCCUUCCUUUGUGCCAUCUAUUGCGAUUCACCCGCCAAGCUCACGGCCCUCCUCUCCUCGCCCGUAUGCGUUGCCCCCGGGCACGAAGAAUGCCACCGCUCAGGCGAAUAUGGGAUGGCCAAGCCGAGAUGCCUGUAUGCAGACAGAGGAGAUUCGCAUUGACCAGCGUCCUGUGAAACUGCCACCUCACUUACUGCCUUCAUCUUUGCUACCGAGCCCGUCAUUCCAGGAAAAUUCGCGGCCACAGUCGAAACGGAUCAGCGCUUCUAGUGUAUUAACCAAGCGAGCGUCGUUCAACAGGCCUCCCGCCAUCUCAAUCCCAGCGUCGCCACCUCUGCAAUCUCCCACUGACUCCAGCCCGGAUAUGGCUAGGAAUAAUGGAGCUCGAGAUCUUCGUCACUACCCAUUGAAAGCGCUACCGCUGCCACGACCGGUUCUGUCACCGCCGUUGCCAGUUAACGAGACCUUCCAGAGCAACGGGCCCCUCAAUCGAUCCUCCCAGUACGGCGUGACGCAGCCGAAGACCGAUUACAUGGGUGGACAAGAACCCGAGUCGUCUGAGCAAAGCGAUUAUGAGGAUCCUGUCGAGGAUCAUGAUCCUGCAGAUCUGAUUGCUUCGAUGCCGGUCACUAGUCGACCACCUCUUGGACGAUUUGGACUGUCCGAUCCUCCGAAGGCUGUUCCAGAAGACAAGGAGAUCUCACCAGAACGUCGUCCCGGUACAUCAGAUUCGCACGCCGCAGCACCUGCUCCUUCGAUAUCCAGCAGCCGCGCGACUUCAUCACGCAGACACACGCAGCAACCCCAGGCCAGGCUCGGCAGGUCCCCGCGAAGUCCUAGCUUUACAAGCAUGGCUUCUAGCAGUCAGAGUGCGUACCAAAGCGACCCACUACCUCCGUAUCCCAUCCCAUUGCGAUCUAGCUCGCGGCCAAAGCCCCAGAGCGAGGGGUCUCAGAGCCCAACACCACACGAUGGAUUCGGAACCCGAACUGGGCGAACGGGGAGGUCGCAUGCGCGACAGGCAAGCUUGCGCAAAGUUCAGUCUGCUGCGAUCAUUAGGAACAGACAUGGCAGAACCUCGCCAACCAAAGGCCAUCGUCGUAGCAGACGAUCGCCGCAGUUGACUCCCGUGCAGUCGAUGGCUUUCGACAGUCCUGCGCCGACAAAAUUCCCGAUUCCAGAGCUACCUUCACCAGUUCGUGAAUAUCCGCACGUGAAAGGGUCCGUCGAUCUACGGAGCUCGCCAGGGGAGUCUAGUCAGGGAGGAGAGGAAACGAACCUUGUGGAUGCGAUUGCUGCGACGAUGGUGGGCGAGUGGAUGUGGAAAUACAUUCGCAAGCGAAAGUCUUUCGGUAUGGGGGACGAUACCUCCGAAAUGCCUGUCGCCUCCGAGAAUGGCAUUGUGAAUGUGACAGCUCAUGGCACCAGACACAAACGCUGGGUCUGGCUAUCGCCUUACGAGCGCACCAUCAUGUGGGACACUAAGCAGCCCAGCUCGGGCACUGCGUUGCUGGGCAAGCGCGGACGCAAAUUGACCAUCACAUCUGUCCUGGAUGUGCAAGAUCGCACGCCCCUGCCCAAGAAUGCAGAGCUGCCGUCCGCGUGGGGGCGAUCCAUUCUGAUCCUUACGCCACAACGCGCGCUAAAAUUCACUGCUACCACUGAAGAACGCCACGGCUUGUGGAUGGCAGCUCUAACGUUCCUGGCUCGCGAAUCAACACUUCCAAAUCAGAUCCCGCCGAUGCCCACGCCUGCGCUCCCUAUUCCACCAACGCCGCAUGCAGAAGCUGAUGGUGUCGAUAUUAAACGACAUCGUUCGCCAUCGAUUGGCAGGUCAAAUGUCCGAGACUCCAUUCGUAUCACAAAAGGCAAAAAGGCAGAACUUCACAAGGUUCAAUCUCAUCCCGAUGAAACCUACUCUUCCGACCUCGCGGGCGUCGGUCUCGAACCAGGAAGCGCCGACUUCCCAGCAGUUCCGCGCUUGUAUAUCAGCACUACCCGCCACCAGAGAAACCGCAGCAAUACUAAUCCUGGCUUUCGAAGCAUUUCUUCUGGAGGCGUGCCAUCCUCCGCCUCGUCCGGGAACUACUACCGCUCAACGAAUGGCUCAUCUUUCCGGCCCAGCAUGUCCACCAAGAGCGGCAGUCGUCGAGAGUCGUUUGCUAGCCCGGUUCAUCAGAACUUCUUCGAGGCAGUGGGAACAGUUCGUAUGGAGGCAUUUGUCGACCCCAACGUUCGCGAUGGCGUCCUCUAUGUGCCUGCACCACCUCCAGUCAUCGGUGGCGCGCGUCGUCCUCGCCGAAGCAGUAAUCUGUCCCAGUCCACUGUCGACAAGCGACGGGCGGGAUACGUCUUUGAUGAGGACGGAAUGGAUCCUUUCAAAGGAUUUUAGAGGCCAUUCUUGGCUGCGUGUAAUGAUAUCCGGUUUAGAUGAUGCAGCGGGCACAUCAACUAUUUCAGCAAUAGCGAAGCGUUCCUUGGAGCGAUGUUAUUACUAUGUAUUGUACAUAAGGCAUUUCUACGAAGUCAAUGAGACAUAUUUUAUGACAG